UCCUCUACGGUUUCUGUCAUUGCUUGGUCUCUGAGGCAUGGUCCUCGAAUAGUUUCUAAAAAACCUAAAAGAAGAACGCAUGAAAGUGUACUUUGUAUGAAAAAUGACGCCUCUGAAAUACUUGACAACCCUCAUCUGUUUCGUGUUCAUCGCCAUCAGAGCUGCUUCUGGUGAAGUGAGAAAUGAAUUUGGUGAAGUUGGUGGUGAAGUGUCUUUUGGUUCGACCAGCUUAAAUCCUUCUGUCAGCAGCAUUAUAUGGAAACACAGAAGCAGCACUGGACCUGUUGUAAAAGCGAUUGAAUGGGAUCCUGCUGAAGAUCCUGAUGUUUCCAUCCCGAAUCCGAGAUUCAAAGACAUCACAACUCUUAAUGAGAAAACUGGAGAAAUCACUAUAACUAAUUUGACUGUUGAACAUAGUGGAUUUUAUACCAUCGACAUCAACAGUAAAGAGCAGGAACAGAGAUUCAGCUUGACUGUUAUGGCACCGGUCCCCAAACCUGUGAUAAAAAUAGAGAAGAUUGAAAUGAACCCUAAUGCUGUGAAUUUAAAAUGUGAGUACAAUGAAACGAUCAUCUGGAAGAAUUCUGCUGGAGAAACACUGAAGGGCUCACCCCACACUCCGAAAGGAGAACUUAUCACAGCUGAAAAAAAAGGAAAUCCAGAUGUCUUCUACACAUGCACACUCAAGAAUGCAGUGAGUGAGAGCACCAGUGAUCCGGUCUAUGAGAGAGAUCUGUUUGAAGAGAGUGGACUUUGGUGGAUAGCUCUCAUCGUCAUCCCAGUCUUGAUACUGGCUCUCUUUGUUCUCCUGUAUAAGUUCUGGACAAAGUCUCAUAGAAAGCAAUAUAAUCUAGCGUCAGAAGGUAACAAGAUGAAAGAAGAUGCAGUCAGCCCAGUCAGUAUGUCUCUGAUUACAGACCAGAAAAAUGUCUACAAGAAUGGUAUUUCAGAUGCGACACAAAGAUAAAAUCGGUGAUGAAAAUAACAGCUCUGCUUCUCUGAAAAUGUCAGAAGAGUUUGGAGGAGAAACGAUAACCAAGCAGCAGAAUGAGGAUUUUUCUUCUUAUUGGCUUAGAAAAUUUAUUUUACAAGGACAAUCAGCUUUUCAAAAAUGGGCAGUGAGCUUCAUAUGAUUGAAAUCAUUAUUUAUUAAAUUGAUUAAAUAUGGCUAGUAAUUUUAAACCUUUCAAAAUUAUUUGCGUAUUUUCAUAAAUCGGCCAUCAGUAUACUGUAAUUGCUACAGUGUUCACACUGCAGGGACUUUUUUUCCCCUCCCAAAUCUGAUUGUCCACAUUGUUAUUUGCAAAUCACUUGGACUUAUUUGUCAUUUGUGAUGUUUUCAGCAAUCUUUAUUGUCUUUUUUUUUUUUUUUUUUUUGAUGGCAUAUUCUUGGCAUUGCAUUUUGACCAAAUUUAGACCAAAUCCUUGACAUAGAAGUGACUUCCUGAAGCAAGCUGGAGAACUGUGUGUUAAGGUAUCAAUGAUGAGGCAUCUGUGUGCCACACUGUUAUACGUGAAAAACAGUAUGUGAGCCAAGUAGUAUGUCUGAAUUCAUAGUAUCCACAAAACAGUAGGCAAGAAGUACCUGGAUGACUUACAACUUACGGCGAGAUCUGAAAUGUGCAUCAGAUAAAUGCUUUACUAUCCCAUGAGGGAUACUGACAACGUAGGUUACAUGUGUCAACAUGGCAGAAGUAAAACAUCUGAAUUUCAUUCAUACUAUAUAGGACUUACUUUUUUGUAGCUGUGAAGUGCAUUGCAAACAAAAUUUAGUACCUACUAUAAUUGUGCGAUUUUGUAAGCAGUGAAAGAGAAACGGCAGGGAGACAUAUUUUCCAUCACACCAUACUACUAAUUGAAUGUGUCAAAAGACAAUUGUAUGCAAUCUGCCAGUGUGAACAUAGUGAAAGAUCAUCAGAGGUGUCAUGAGACAUGAUUAUAAGUUGUAUUCAUUAUCACAACCUACAUGGGACUGUUUGUGACUGGAUGCAAAUAAUGUUGAAUUACAUAGCUUUUUUGCAAGAUGUUGCCAUUAUAUAUAAUGCACCAGCUAUUUACACUUACACCUCGUCUUAACUGGGAGUGUCCAUUGUCGCGUAUAAUAUGUUCUGGUGUCAGAAAUGGCACAAAUUAAUAUAAAAUGGGGCAUCCAAAUAAGUGUAUUACUGUUUGUGCAAAGUAGAAAUAGAAACAAGUAGCACAUAGUCAGGGGCGGAUUUAGUGAAUUGGGGGCCCCAGGCAAAUAUAGGAAUGGGGCCCUAUACAUUUGCACACAUUUACCUAGAUCAGCCUCGAGGUUCCUUUUUUUGUCGUGAUGCUUGCUGCUGCACA